CAUGUCUGUGACCCCUACCCCCCUUCCCCACACACACACGUGUGACACACGCGUGUGCUGUCCGCGUGUGCGUGCAGGACCACCCUCGCCCCGAGUACGAAGCCAAACUCCUCGACAAGAAAAUGCAAAGCGACUUCAACAAGCGACAGGAGCAGGACGAGGAGCUGAAGCUGACGUGGAGAGAUCGACUUCCCAGCUACGCCAUCAACUUCUCCUCUAUCCUCUUCAUGAUCGGGCUGACGUUUGCGAUCGUGUUUGCGCUCAUCGUGUACCGCAUCUCGGUGUCGGCGGCGCUGGCGGUGAGCACGAACGCGUACCAGCGCUCCAACAACCGCGUCAUCGUCACCUCCACCGCCGUCGUCAUCAACCUCAUCAUCAUCCUCAUCCUGGACGAGAUCUACGGCUCCGUGGCGCGCUGGCUCACGCAGAUCGAGGUGCCCAAGACUGACAAGGAGUUUGAGGAGCGAUUGAUCUUCAAAUCGUUUCUGCUCAAGUUCGUCAACUCGUACACCACCAUCUUCUACGUGGCCUUCUUCAAGGGGCGGUUUGUGGGGAGACCAGGAAGCUACGUGUACGUCUUCCCCGGUCAUCGCAUGGAGGAGUGUGCCCCGGGUGGCUGUCUCAUGGAGCUCUGCAUCCAGCUGAGCAUCAUCAUGCUCGGCAAGCAGCUCAUCCAGAACAACCUCUUUGAGAUCGGCAUCCCGAGGAUGAAAAAGCUGCUGCGGAGCUUGCGCAAGAAGGAGGUGCUCCACCUGCACCACCACCACCACGGCGGCGGCGACGGCGGCGGCGGGGACCCCGAGGGGCUCCCCAAGCGCCGCUGGGACCUGGACCACGAGCUCGACCCCUACGCCGGCCUCACCCCGGAGUACAUGGAGAUGAUCAUCCAAUUUGGCUUCGUGACGCUGUUCGUGGCGUCCUUCCCACUGGCGCCGCUCUUCGCGCUGCUCAACAACGUCAUCGAGAUCCGCCUCGACGCCAAGAAGUUCGUCUCCGAGCUGCGGAGGCCCACGGCCGUGCGCGCCAAGGACAUCGGAAUCUGGUUCAACAUCCUGUCCGGCAUCGGGAAACUCAGCGUCAUCACAAACGCGUUUGUGAUCUCGACCACGUCGGACUUCAUCCCGCGGCUCGUCUACCUGUACAUGUACAGCGCGGACGGCUCCAUGCGGGGCUUCGUGGACCACACGCUGUCGCACUUCAACGUCAGCGACUUCGCCGAGGGCACCGGGCCGGCCGGCGACGUGGGCACGGGGAGCGACGCGCAGGUCCUCUCCUGCAGGUACAAGGACUACCGUGACCCGCCGGGCUCGGAGCGAGCGUACGACACAAACAAGCAGUACUGGGCCGUCAUGGCCGCCCGCCUCGCCUUUGUCAUCAUCUUCCAGAACCUCGUCAUGUUCCUGAGCAACGUCCUCGACUGGCUCAUCCCCGACAUCCCCAAGGACAUCGCGGACUGCCUGAAGAAGGAGCGGACGCUCAUCGUCGCCACCUUCCUCAAGGAGGAGCAGGAGAAGAUGCAGCUCCUGGGGAACCUGGGCCAGAACAAGGACGGAGGACGCGAGAGGCGAGGUGGAGGAGGAGGAGGAGGUGGAGGAGGAGGAGGCGGAGGUGGCGACCCGCUCGAAUCGUCCCAGCGGGAACUGGGGGACUCGUCGCGGGAGGGAGUGGAGAGGGCCAGCAACCAGCAG